UUGUUCCGUUUUUGUCUGCGGAGCUCUUAGCUUCCCAUAGCACAGCUCAGCAAAAUACAUAUCCAGAGAGCCAGCUGUCUGUCCGUCUCACUCUCUCUAUCUCUCUGUUUUUUCGUUGCCUAUGAAACUUACCUUCCCAAAGAGUACUAUUCAAUCCCAUUACACUGCCCAUAAAAUCCAACCACUCCACCCCGUUACCAUUUCUAAACCCUUCAAUAAGCCCCGCCCACCACCAAGAGGAGUCCGUAUGUAUACGGACUCCUCCUCCGCCGGCGUCCACCACCAUAAAAAAGACAAGAUUCUUGUAAUAAUGGGAGCAACAGGGUGUGGAAAAACGAAGGUCUCCAUUGAUCUUGCUACACGCUUCCAUUCCGAAAUCAUCAACUCCGAUAAAAUGCAAGUCUACAAGGGUCUCGACAUCAUCACCAACAAAAUCCCCAUUCAAGACCGCCUCGGUGUUCCUCACCAUUUACUCGGUGAGUUCGACCCAGACGAUGGUGAGUUGACUCUCUCCGAGUUUCGGUUAGCCGGUGGACGGGCUAUCUCAGGUAUUGUUUCAAGGCAAAGACUUCCUAUCGUGGUUGGUGGGUCCAACUCCCUUGUUCACGCUCUAGUUGUUGAUCGGUUUAAUCCCGAGUUAAACGUUUUUGAUGGGUCUAACCCUGUUUCGACCCAGUUAAGGUAUAACUGUUGUUUUCUGUGGGUGGAUGUGUCAUUACCUGUUUUAUGCGAUUACUUGUGUAUGCGAGUCGAUGAAAUGCUCGACUCAGGGAUGUUCGACGAGUUGUCAGAAUAUUAUGGGUCAAUCGACUCAGCGAGUCAAACCGUGUUGAGGAAAGCGAUUGGGGUGCCUGAGUUUGACCGGUAUUUCAAAAAGUACCCACCUGGGUCUGGUUGUGGCAGGGGCAUUGCUGGGGAGUGGGAUCAGGUACGGAGAGGAAUAUACGAGGAGUGCGUGAGGGAGAUCAAGGAGAACACGUGUCAGCUGGCAAAGAGGCAGAUUGGAAAGAUCUUGAGAUUAAAGGGUGCAGGGUGGGACCUGCAAAGAGUGGAUGCUACGGAGAGCUUUAGAGAGGUGAUGAUGGUGAGGACUUCAGAUGAGGAUGAUCAUAGAAAGAAUACGAAGAAAAGAAAGAAGAAUAAGAGGUGGGUGGAGGUUUGGGGGAGAGAUGUGUUGGAGCCAAGCAUGAAGAUUGUGAAACGCUUCAUGGAUGAGUAGUAGCAGUAGUAGUAGGUUUUACAAUGAAAUCAUUCAAUCCGGCCUUUUUCCAGCUAUCAUUUUUUUUUUUAGGGGCAGCAUUUUUGUUUUCGGCAAUGCUACGCGCGCUACAUUUUUUGCAAUCUUGGCUUCGAAUCCUCGCGUGCCAGGUUCGUGCGAGCAUGGCGAAGUUUGCAGCACCAUCAAUGCAAUCCGUGCGGUAUUGUGCCCGAUGAGCAUGGUGAAGAAGAUUGCUUAAUCACAUCCAUCGCGAUUGUGCAUACUAAUUCAUCUCUUUCGAUUUAGGUCUUAAACAAAACGAUGGAAGAAUAUUUGAGUUACAUUUACAUAUCGAGGAUUCGUAAAGGGUACCAGAUUGUGCAACGAGCAACCAGUUUUGCAGCAAUAGGAUGUUCUUGGUUUUGUAUUGGGGAUCCUUUUUCCUCAAUGGGUUCUUUUAGAGACACUAUAAAUACACGGAAAAAUCUUGAAUUUUGGAUGGAGAAAUGAAAAGGGUUAUUUUGUGAAUGUUAUUCCUAGCAAGUGUUUACUCAUACUAGUUUGUUUUUAGUAGUUACAGAGUCCUAAUUCAUUCUUGGGAUUUGUGUUGUAAGCAAGUCCUAAUGCCAUGUAAGUGGAGAACUGGAUGCCAAGAAGCUUACACGAUGGAACAAAAAAGACCUUUAUAUUUUUUCAAGACUCGUGUGUUUCUCCCCAUACAGAAAUAAUUUUGU